AUGCUUCGCUACGCUCCUUUCGCAUUGGUCCUCCUCCAGGGGGCCCGUCAAGCAUGUGCUCUCCGCUAUGCCGACAACCAGGUCCCCGUCGUCAAGGAUAGCGAGGUGGUGGCCAAGCUCUUCCCCGACCUGGAGGACGUCGAGGUGCUGUCGCCGGCGUUCCAGAAGCCGGCGACGGUGCCCAAGGCCUUUGCCAAUGGCACAAGCGGCCCUACGCCGCAGUUUGAGCUCGAGAAUUUCCUGCAGACGCUCGCCGCCCGCAACAAAUGGAUGACGUACCACAGCCCGACUUUUCGCUCCGAGGAGGGACGGUCGUUGCCGUACGUGUUCUUGUCCACGUCCUCCCACGAGCCCAAGAUCUCCAGCAGUCUGGCAAGCCAGGCCAAUGCCACCCAGUCGGACAAGGUCCGCAUCUGGAUGCAGGGAGGGGUUCACGGCAACGAGCCGGCAGGCGACCAGGCGCUGCUCGCGCUGCUGGGCAAGUUUGACGCCAACGCCACGUGGGCCGCCUCGGUCCUCGACAAGGUGGACAUCCUGAUGCUGCCGCGCUACAACCCCGACGGAGUGGCUUAUUUCCAGCGGUACCUGGCCACGUCUUUCGACCCCAACCGCGACCACACCAAGAUGGCGCGGCAGCAGACGCGGGACAUCAAGAAGCUGGUCAUGGACUUUGCGCCGCACGUGGGCGUGGACUGCCACGAGUACUCGGCGUCGAGGGGCUACGACGCCACGGGCAAGACGUGGCUGUCGUCGCAGGACGCGCAGUUCAGCGCCAUGAAGAACCUCAACAUCCACAAGGACAUCCGCGCCCUGUCCGAGGGCCUCUUCACCGACGCCAUCGCCUCGGCGCUCGACGCCCGCGGCCUGCGCCACAGCCCCUACGUCGUCGGCUCCCUCGACGGCGACGGCGGCGUGGUGCUGGAGGAGACCACGGGCGACGCCAAGAUGGGCGACACGUCGGUCGGGCUCUCGCAGGCCGUCAUGUUCCUCUCGGAGACGCGCGGCAUCGGCCUGGCGGACCAGCAGUUCCAGCGCCGCGUCGCUGCAGGCCUGACCCUCGUCGAGACCCUCGUGCAGACGGCCGCCGACAACGCAGCGCACGUCUACGCCACCAUCGAGGCCGCCCGGGCCGACUUCAUCUCCAACGACCAGGAGAUCGUGCUCACCGACUACCUGCGGCCCACCAACAUCUCGUGGACCUUUGUCGACGCCCCCAGCGGGACCCUGGUCGACGUCCCCGUCACCUUUCUCAACAGCACCCCUGCCGUCGCGAACCUGACCCGCGCCCGCCCCGAGGCCUACGUCUUCUCGAGGGCCUGGCGCGACGCCGCCGACCGCCUGCGCGCCGCCGGCGUCGUCGUGGAGGAGCUGCGCAUGGGCUUCACCGGCCGCGUCGAGGCCCUCAACGUCACGAGCGCCGCGCUGGCCCAGACCAAGUACGAGGGCGUCGCGCGCACCACCGUGGCCACCGAGCCCUUUGACAAGCUCGUCACCAUCCCGGCCGGUGGGUACUGGGUGAGCACGCGGCAGAAGAACGCGGCGCAUGCUUUCAAUGUGCUGGAGCCCGAGAACAUUGACAGCUAUGCGACCUUUAACGUGCUGCCCGUCAAUGCAGGAGACGAAUACCAGGUCUACAGGGUCAUGAAGUAG